AGCCAUAAAGCUGAGACAUGAUGUGUUUUACAUCCUUGGCUGAGUGACUCCCCUCUUUCUUCUUCCCUUCCUUUCUUCUUUCCCUCCCAUACUUUGACUCCACCUCCUGCAGGAUGUCCUCCAAGGCCACGCCCAUCCAGGGGUCGACACCCAUGACCCCUCCACCGAUCCCUGCGAGAUCCCCAAAGUCUCCAGGGUCCCCAGAGUCCCUGCAUCCUCCGACCCACAGAUAUAGAGACCGCUCACCUUCCCCUAUGAGGGGCUACCUCAUCCCCAGCCCUCUGCCCACUCGGAGGAACAGGACUUACUCAGCAACGGCUCGUGCAGCAGAGGGUCCCAUGUUUACUGGUGUGUGUAAAUACUUUUCUCGCUCCAAAGGCCACGGCUUCAUCACACCAUCCGACGGGGGCAAGGACAUCUUUGUCCAUAUUUCAGACAUUGAGGGCGAGUAUGUGCCGGUGGAAGGCGACGAGAUGAGCUACAAGAUUUGCUCCAUCCCCCCCAAACUCCAGAAGGUGCAGGCGGUGGAGGUGACCAUAACCCAUCUCAACCCAGGAACCAAACACGAGACCUGGACAGGUCACACUGUCAGCAGCUGAAUGCUGGUCCUCGAUGGGAGAGGGGGACGGGGGGGACAGGGCGGGGAGGUGGGG